AUGUCACAGCUGCGAAACAAGGCAAUUGGCUAUGUCAUUUUGCGUUGGGCGCUGAAACUUGCUCUCAUUCGGAGUGAUCGGCUUACGGCAUACUCCAACACCGUGGGGGAGUGGUGCACAACUGCCACUGAGGUUGUGCGAGGCAACUUCAAUGAUUCUUCUAGCUACUCUGUGCGCCAGCUUAAUCAAGCGGAGUACGGGCUUCCCUGUGUCCACAUCUGUGCUGCUUCCGGAGAGGGUCGGCUGCCGUUUGACAUGGUUCACCGCGUCUACAAGGUGGAGACGCUGAAGGCAAUGUUAAGGGGCACAACAGUCGAACAUGCGAAGAACGCGAAGAGGCAAGAGCACUUUGGGCCAAUAGGCUGCGGGAUGAUUGUCAACGUGGACAGCAUCGAGGGGGGGUGGAGGGGAGAAGAGGAGAACAACAAAGGGGAGGGGAGCAUCAGAGAGAGGGGCAGCAGCAAAGAGAAGGGGAGCAGCAGAGAAGAGGGGAGGAGCACAGAGGAGGGGAGCAGGACAGAGGAGGGGAGCAGCACAGAGGAGGGGAGCAACAUAGAGGAGGGGAGCAGCACAGAGGAGGGGAGCAGCACAGAGGAGGGGAGCAGCACAGAGGAGGGGAGCAGCACAGAGGAGGGGAGCAGCAGAGGGGAAGGGAGGAACAAAUGGGAGGGGAGCACCAUAGGGGGCGGAGAGGUGCAGAGAGGGGGGGGAGAACAGAGGGGAGGGGAGUUCCAUAGUGGAGGGUGGGAACAGAGGGGGGGGCGGGUGCAGAGAGGAGGGGAGCAAGAACAGGGAAGGGAGGUGCAAACUGGAGGGGAGCAGCAGAGGGGACAGAGAGACGUUCCAGGCAUUGCUAGGGAACGUGGUUCAACCCCACCUGCUGAGUGGGUGGUUGAAAUCGAAGACAUUGAGGAAGGUCCGAGCGUGGAACGUGAUAAUUCCGAAGGGGAAAGUGAAGGAGGGGAAAUGGAAGGGCAAGACAUUCAGGUAACAGAUGGGCCCGAUGCAACGGCGAACGGUAGCGCACAUGUGACUGCGGAUCGUGCGGAGGUGGAAAACGGGGGCGGGGAAGAUGUGGAGGAGGGCACGUCGGACGACGAUUGUGAUUGUGAUGAACCAGAACUAGAUGAAGGUGAGCAGGAGCUGGAUGCUUCAGGUGGGUCGGGAGGUGUUGGGACGUAUGAGAUUCUAAGCAUGGGAGAUGCUCAGCGGCAAAUGGAGGGCCCGUAUGGUCAUCGUGAAGAUAUGGUUAGUGGGGACAUUCCUGGCAUGCUCACAUCUGGUGCCCAAAGACGCGGAGGGAUCAUCAUUGAACCUGAAACUGUUGAGAACCAAGCCACGGAAGGUGAUGUUCCAAGCAGUACAGUGGCAGCGACCAAUGUGACAACGACUUUGAAUGAAGGGCAAGCUACAACAACAGGUAAUGCAGCUGCAGAGUCAGUUGAACAACCAGGCGCAGCAGCAGCCGGUACCUGUGCAUCAGCUGCCUCAGCAACAGCACCAACAACUGUCGCAUCGGUUGUUGCAGCAGCAGGGGGUGCAGCAGCAUGGGGUGCUUCAGCAGCACCAGGCGCAGCAGCAGCAGAAUCAAACGCAGCAGAGACAGCAGCAGCAGCCUUUGGAUCAGCAGCAACAUUUGUUGCAGCAGCAAAUGCAGCAGCUGCUACAGCACGUGCAGCAGCAGCAGCAGCAGCAGCAGCAGCAGCAGCAUCAGCAGCAGCAGCAGCAGCAGCAGCAGCAGCAGCAGCAGCAGCAGCAGCAGCAGCAGCAGCAGCAGCAGCAGCAGCAGCAGCAGCAGCAGCAGCAGCAGCAGCAGCAGCAGCAGCAGCAGCAGCAGCAGCAGCAGCAGCAGCUGCAGCCUUGGCAUCAGCAACAACAGGUGCUGCAGCAGCAAAUGCUUCACCAACUGCACCACUUGCUGCAGCAGGGGCAGCAGCAGCAGCAGGGGCAGCAGCAGCAGCAGCAGCAGCAGUCGCAGCAGCAGCAGCAGCAGCAGCAGCAGCAGCAGCAGCCGCAGCCGCAGCAGCUGCCUUGGCAGCAGCAGCAGCAGCAGCAGCAGCAGCAGCAGCAGCAGCAGCAGCAGCAGCAGCAGCAGCAGCAGCAGCCUUGGCAGCAGCUGCCUUGGCAGCAGCAGCAGCUGCCUUGGCAGCAGCAGCAGCAGCAGCAGCAGCAGCAGCAGCGCUAUCACCGCCAGCAAAGGCGAGAUGCACUGACAAGGAGACGUAUUGCAAACUCAACCAGCCGAUUCGUACAACAAGAGUAGGUACUUUGCCAGAUGAGUCCUCCCCCUUACCUUGUAUUCCAUCAGUCCUCUGA